AAUAGAACUCUUACUCUGCACUGUGUGUUAUGAUAGUAUUUAUAUACAAUAUGUGUACAUAAUUGUUAAAUUCCAUGCAUCAGCUGGUGUUUUGCCAGUGAUUGACAUGAGAAGAGUUUAACAAAACAUCCAGCAGGUGGUGGUAUACACUCAAACGGAAAUUAAGGAGCUUUUAUUGCACAAUUUGGAGUUGUUGAAGCGUGAUAUCUUAUUGUGAAGGACAGAACCACGUUCCCGGAUGUGUUGACAGCAUUGAUUGUAACUUUGGCGACCCUGUAACAAGCGAAUAUCCCCGAAAAACCAGGAUGGAAGUUUAGACGGAUUAGGCCAAUCGCGUCGCACGGCUAAUUCACCGGCGUUAGCAUCGUUUUAACGACUCUGGUAAAGGAAAAGCGAACUUUAAUAAUUACAACGAUAUUUAGUUCGAAAGGUACGAGGUUAAACUUUAGUUUAACACUAUUAAAUCAACUGAAAACAUUGCACGAUCAUUUUUAUCAAUAUUUUAAGUGUAUUUUAUUGGAACGUUAGCUAAGGACUGUCCGGUUCGGGGUACAACUCCGUUAACUUUUAGCUCACCUGUUAGCUCACCUGUUAGCGGUUUUUCCUGACAACAUGUCGGGCUUUAAACUUCCCUCCACUCCUCUGGAGCUUCUGCGUUUGUGCUGCUGUCUGCUGACGUUGUCUGGAAUAAUACUUGGACAUGAACACGGGACGGGUGUGAAAGUGUUGGUCAAAGAAGGGAGUGAUGCCAUUCUGCCGUGUUCCCUCGACACCAAGCAGGACAUCACAGCAGCUUUCUUCAACUGGCAGAAAGCUGCUGAGAAAGAUGAACGUCAGAAGGACGUUUUCUUUUACGAUGCAGAUGUUCGUUACAACAACGGCAAAGCUGGUCAGAGUGAGCAGUUCAGAGGACGAGUCUCACAUUUCCAAGAUCAACUGAAACACGGCAACGCCUCCGUAAUCAUCACAAAUACCAAGAAGACCGACGGCGGAAACUACACCUGUGCCUUUCCACUUCUUCAGCCACCUCGCACUUUCUCCAUUCAGCUUGUUGUUGAGCUCCUCUUUAAGGACCGGUCAGGAGAAAGCUCAGUUGCAACUCCGAAGCCAUUCGUCACAACACUUGAUGCCGCAGAGGACUGGGCGCUGUUGGAGUGUGAGGUUCGAGGUGCUUCUCCAAGACCUGACGUAGAAUGGCAGGACGGUGAUGGAAACAAACUUCCUGCUGAGGAACCACAGGCCUCAGAGAGAGGAGGCAGCUACGACAUCACUCUGAACAUCACCGUGACCAUGACGGACCGCUAUCGCUGUGUAGUCAAGCAGGAAGACAUCAAGCACAGGGUUACCUCUGAGGUCUUUGUGCACAUCAGUGAGAAAGUGUGUGAAGACUCAUCGACCAAAGUGGCCAUCGGAUGGUUGGCUUUAGGAGUUGCUUUAGGAGGUCUCAUUGUUCUUGCAGUUCAAGCUCUGCUUGUAUUUGUGAAGUGGAUCACAACACGCCGCAAGAACAGUCGUCACCGGCUGGUUCACCUGGAACAAGCUCUGCUUAACAGGGAAACCUCUUUGAGUAACAAGGAAAUCAGUCCAUGUAAUGUGCCUCCAGGUCCGGCUCCGGAGCCAGCAGAGGCUCUAUAGCGACUGUGGCUCAGUGGAGAGCGGGUCGUCCUUCAAUCAGAUCAUCAGCGGUACAAUCCCAGGUUCACCUGGUCAGGGGGUACAUCCCACAUGUGUCCUUGGGCAAGAAGCCCGUAGCCUACGGUUAGUGAAUGUUGGGCCUUCUGUUAGUCCCGAUGGGUAACCAUGCCAAUGCUUCUUGUUAUUGAGAACCAGAAUUGGUUAAUAGUAUUGCGAAAAAUUGAAAUUAUUUAAAAUAUAACAUUUAUAUAUAUAUAUAUAUUUUUUUUUUUUUUAACUUAUUUUGUAAAUGAAAUGUAAGAAUUAUCACAUUGGCUGUUCAUAUUCAUGUCUAUUUGUUAACUUUUUUUUUUUUACUUUUUUACAUUGUGUACUGUGACUUUGUCAUGACUUCCUUUUAGCAUUCUUUACUAUGACUUUUUUUUUUUUUACACACUGAACUUUAUUACACUGUUUUCAAGCUCCACCUUUCAUGAACCCAUCCCGACUGCCUUUCGCUUCGUGGGCUCAAUCAUUGCCAAAGACCUCACAAGCACGGGAUGUACCUGGAACUUUAUGCACAUUCCAUGGACACAACCUUGAAAUACCUGCGCAGCUGUUACGGCCUUCCUUUAGAAAAGAUAUAUUGUAAAUAACUUUCAUAUUUUUUUCAGUAUUGUUGUCAAUCGAGUUUAUUUUAUUCAUGUUUCUACACUGUGGGUUCUCACUUGUUUGUCUUUUUUUCACUACUGCAUUAAUUGUCCUUGUAUAUAAAAAGUUUAUUGUAAAAACAUGGAUUAUACUGUUACCAACAUUGUAAUUAAAGUCAUAGUAUGCCAAACAAUUUAAUAAAUCAAAAUUGUCACCAUACUAUGACUUUAAUUGUGCUUCAUGUUGCUCAGCAGGAAAUGUUCAUUUGCUUAAAAUUCGAUAUUAAAGUUUCAACAUAAAAUUGUC